AUGCCGGUAUCUUUACAGAAAGUUCAUAAGCAUAUCGCUAAAAAGCGAGGGGUAGUUGACGCACUCCAUGAGAAUAGCAGAGAUGCGAAGAGAUUGCGCCGCGCAGGUAUUAGAGACGAUCGGGUUGCUCGUGUCUCUGCCACACUGGCCCGAGGACGACAGUCAUACAUUGACCGGAUUGUAUACUUCCACGAAAAUGUCCCGAAGGAUGCAGGCGCCUUCUCGGAUAGUGACAUGAUGAAUUUAAUUGUUAGAUACAUCAACCGAAGUGUCCCUGAAAUCGAGCAAUUACAGAGUGAACGGCGGAAAGGCCGACCCCCCAGCAAACGAGAGGAAAAUCUCCUCCAGCGAACCGACGUGGAGAAUAAAGAGUUUAAGACCGGUUUCUGGUUGCCCGAUCUUAGCCAACAAGAUGUAAUCAAGGCCCUUGCCUCAUGGAAUGGAGAUUGGUCCGGACUCAGCAGCAUGAAGUUCAUUCGCUUGACCAAGGAUGGUGGGAAGCAGUCUUCAGCUUUUCCUCCGAAAGGGAUGUCGUGA